AAUCCCAAUAAAAACAGGAUUGGACAGUGGUUAAAUGAAACAUCCAAUAAUAAAAUAUUGCAGCUUUCAUACUCCUUGAACUCUGAGGCCCAUGAAGGAACGUACAAAAUAAUUGUCUCUGUGGGUGAAGAUAAAUUUGUUCACAAAUUCAAGGUGGAAAAGUAUGUUUUACCCAAAUUUGACGUAACAGUAAAUGUAUCUGAAGAAGUGAGUAUUGGCCAGGAAGAAGUUGAUAUUAAAUCAUGUGCAAAGUACACAUUUGGACAGCCUGUUCCAGGAAGUAUUACAGUUACGAUGUGCCGACUUCUUGAACGCUCUAUUUCCUCUGCUAAGAAACACAAGACAGAGGCUCCCUGCCACACAGAGACCAAACGGGCUGAUGGAACAGGCUGUGCAGCUGUUACGUUCAAGAUGUCAACCUUCACCAAAAUUAACAAAAAAUUCCUUAAAGAUAAGCUGAAUGUCAUUGCCAAAAUGGAAGAGGAGGGAACAGGCAUUUCACACAAACAAGAAAUGAAAAUAAGAAUUUCUUUUGUCCUUGGAAAAGCAUCUUUUGUUGAUGUUCCCAAGAUUUGGGAACCAGGAUCAAAUGUGGAGGGAAAAGUUAAAGCAGUUUACUACAAUGAUACACCCAUUUCCAAAGCACCUGUCUACCUGUUUGUGGGAGAACGUUGGUCAGAACGCUUACUAAAAAAUCUAACAACUGACAGCAACGGUGUCGCUGAGUUUUCAUUCAGCACAGAUAACUUUCAUGAGGAUAUUAAACUCCAUGCAGCCCUGACACCAACCCUAUACUUCCAAAGCCAUAGAACUCCUUUUUAUGAUUUAGGAUUUCACACAGUGUAUACAUCCCAACCUCCUUCUCAAGAUGAAAAAACAUUCAGCUCGCUGAAGCUGAAGAUGAAGGAUAAACCCCUUUCCUGCGAUGCAGAAGAAGACAUAUCUAUUCAGUACACUAUAGUGAGGGAAACUGCAGUUUACAUGGAUGUGGUAUAUCUGGUGUUGUCCAGAGGAGCCAUUGUCAUGCAAGGAUUUAAACAGAUUAAAUUUAAAGAUCAGUCAGUGAAUGAGGGUGAGGUGUCCUUUAAAUUGAGAAUUUCUACUGACAUGGCACCAGUCGUCCAGAUUGUAGCAUAUGCUGUACUUUCCAGUACGAAUGUGAUUGCCCACAGCGCUGACUUCUCUACUGAGAAAUGCUUCAGUCACAAGGUGUCAUUGGAGUUCACACCUUCUUCAACUGUCCCAGGAGAAAAAACCAACAUGGAGGUGACGGCGCUUCCACACUCUUUGUGUGGUUUAAGUGCCAUUGACAAGAGUGUCCUCAUCAAAGAGCCUGAGAAUAUCCUGCAUGCAGAUAAGAUAUUUAACUUGCUGCCUGUCAUGAAAGCAUCUUAUUUCCCAUAUCGGCUACGAGAACCAAGAAAAUGCUUGAAAGUGAGAACAAGAAGAUAUUGUUCACCUAAAGGAGAUAAUGAAGCCUACAUUGCUUUUCAGAGAGUAGGAUUAAAGGUGGCAACAAACCUGCUGCUCGAAAUUCCUUCAUGUCUGAGUUUCAUGGGAAGAGAAUACCAGUUCAUGCCCUUAGCGGGUUCAAGUUACUCUGGAGGAUCUUUAGGUCCAUCAGAAGGGCCGAUGAAAACUGUCCGUGCUUUCUUCCCCGAGACUUGGAUUUGGGACCUGGUGGAAGUUGG